UCCAUGAGAACGAUCUUUUAAAGUAAACAAAUUAAAGUCGCGCCUCGUUUUGUUGUUUUCUGAUAAUAAACUUGUUACAGUUACGUAAAAACUGCGAGUAGUGGAAAAUUUCAGUUAGGCCUAAACAGAAAGUAUCGUAGAUAUGGAAGUACCACCACCACUUGUCCUCAAGCGCCACCUCUUUGUGCCCAGCAAGACUCUCAUGGGUCCGGGUCCCUCCAACUGCUCACAACGUGUGCUGGAGGCCAUGAGUAAUCCCGUUCUUGGCCACAUGCAUCCAGAGUGUCUGCAGAUCAUGGACGAGGUAAAGGAGGGCAUCAAGUACAUAUUCCAGACACUGAACGAUGCCACCAUGUGCAUCAGUGGCAGUGGCCACUGUGGCAUGGAGGCCUCUCUCUGCAAUCUGAUCGAGGACAACGAUGUGGUGCUGAUGGGCAUCACCGGAAUGUGGGGUCAUCGGGCCGCCGAUAUGGCCCGUAGAUACGGUGCCGAUGUGCGCUAUGUGGAGGCGAGUUUCGGACGUGCACUGACGCUGGAGGAGAUUCGUUUUGCCUUUGAUACACACAAGCCGCGGGUGUUUUUCAUAGCACAGGGUGACUCCUCGACGGGAAUUCUGCAGCGGCAUAUACGGGAAAUCGGGGAAUUGUGUCGUCAGCACGAUUGCUUUUUGGUGGUGGAUGUGGUGGCUUCUCUCGGUGGCACCCACUUCCUCAUGGACGAGUGGAAGGUGGAUGUGGCGUAUACGGGUUCACAGAAAACCCUCGGUGCUCCGGCCGGACUCACGCCCAUCUCGUUCAGCAAACGCGCCUUGACCCACAUCCGACAGAGGAAAUCCAAGCCAAAGGUGUACUACUUUGACAUUCUGCUCCUUGGACAGUACUGGGGUUGUUAUGGCACUCCUCGCAUCUAUCAUCACACCAUCUCGUCCACUCUGCUGUACGGACUGCGGGAGGCACUGGCUCAUUUCUGUGCCCAGGGACUCAAGAGUGUUGUCCAACGGCAUGAGGAGUGCUCCGCCCGUUUGCAGCUGGGCAUUGAGGAGCUCGGAUUGGAGAUGUUUGUGCAGCAGGAGGCAGAUCGACUGCCCACGGUCAAUACCAUCAAAGUGCCCUUUGGCGUCGACUGGAAGAAGGUCGCCGAUUAUGCCAUGCGCAAAUACAAUCUGGAAAUUAGCGGCGGUCUGGGACCCACUGUGGAGCAUGUUUUUCGCAUUGGUCUGAUGUGUGAGAACGCCACUUUGGAGAAGGUGGACAUGGUGCUCAGCAUUUUGAACGAGGCCAUUCAGAGCAUCAAACAGCGAUCAGUGGAACGCUCUAAAAUAUAAUUUAUGUGUUAUACUAUUGCUCGAAUUGCUUCCUUGUUGCAUUAAACAUUAUUAAAAACAAAU